CGCACGCCCCCGCGCACGUGCACACCCACCAGCACAGGCACCAAGCAGAAGCAAAAGAGACGCAGAUCACUUGUCUCCAUUCAGUGUGCACACGCGUGGAAUUUGGGGAGAGAUGUCGGGGGGCGGCUGGGGCGCGACUGGACUGCUUCUGUUCGCGGUUUGGGUCAAGGUUUUUGUAUGGGCCGACAAUGGAGAUGCAGUGUUCAUCCGAGAGUUCACCCUAAUUCGACCGGACCACUUCUCCGAGGAGCCUCACCACGACACCAGCCAAAAACCUGAGGAUCCGAGCUCACGGACGGCCCGUUCGGAAGAGGACCGAGACACUCUGUGGGACGCCUGGGGCUCGUGGAGCGAAUGUUCCCGUACCUGCGGAGGAGGAGCGUCAUAUUCCCUGAGACGAUGUCUCAGUUCCAAGACCUGCGAAGGGCAGAAUAUCAAAUAUCGCACAUGCAGUAAUGUGGACUGCCCCGUGGAUUCCGGAGACUUCCGGGCUCAGCAGUGUUCCGCCCACGCCGACGUUCGCUACCAGGGCCGGUUCCACGAGUGGCUGCCUGUAUACAACGACCCGGACAACCCGUGCGCCCUCAAAUGCAAAGCGAAAGGGUCCGGGCUGCUGGUGGAGCUGGCGCCCAAGGUUCUAGAUGGGACACGUUGUUACACCGAGUCCCUAGACAUGUGCAUCAGUGGCAUGUGCCAGAUUGUCGGCUGCGAUCACGAGUUGGGGAGCGCGGUCAAAGAGGACAACUGCGGCGUCUGCGGCGGCGACGGCUCCUCCUGCAGGCUGGUGCGAGGGCACUACAAAUCUCAGCACGCCUCAGGAAAAACGGAGGACACUGUUGUCGUCAUCCCCUUCAAAAGUCGACAUGUUCGUCUUAUUCUGAAAGGCCCGGAUCACUUGUAUGUGGAGAGUAAGACUCUGCAAGGCGUGAAAGGCCAAUGCGUCUUGGAUCAAUCAGCGCAGUACCAACUGGAAAACACCACCCUAGACUACCAGAAACUGUCAGAUAAGGAAGUCCUGCGAAUUCCGGGGCCACUGGGGGCGGAUUUCACCAUCCAAGUCCAAUUUGCAGCUGGACCGGACAGCAUCGUCCAAUACAUAUUCUACCAGCCCAUCAUCCACCGCUGGAGGGAAACUGACUUCUUUCCUUGCUCUGUCACUUGUGGCGGCGGGUACCAGCUGACGUCCGCGGAGUGCUUCGACCUGCGUAGCGGCCGAGUGGUUGUUGACCAAUACUGCCAUUAUUACCCAGAGAACAGCAAGCCCAAACCCAAACUGCAGGAGUGCAACAUGGAGCCCUGCCUGGCCAGUGACGGCUACAAGCAGAUCAUGCCGUAUGACCUAUACCACCCCCUCCCUCAGUGGGAGAGCAGCCCUUGGACGGCCUGCUCCACUUCCUGCGGCGGGGGCAUCCAGACUCGCUCAGUUUCCUGCGUGGAGGAAGAUAUGCAGGGGACGGUCAUCGUAACGGACGAGUGGAAGUGCCUUUAUGCCCCCAAGAUGGCCAUCUUGCAGCCCUGCAACACUUUUGACUGCCCCACCUGGAUGGCCCAGGAGUGGUCACCUUGCACUGUGACGUGCGGUCAGGGUCUGCGCUACAGGGUGGUGCUUUGCAUUGAUCACAGGGGGCUCCACGCGGGAGGAUGCAACCCCACCACCAAGCCCCACAUCAAGGAGGAAUGCCUGGUGACUGUGCCCUGCUACAAGGCCAUGGACACGCUCCCCGUGGAGGCCAAACCGCUGUGGCAUAAGCAGGCCGUAGCCCUGGACGAAGAGACCGUUGUGACCGAGGAGCCGGACUUCAUCCCCGGUGCUUGGCAGCCCUGCAGCAGAACGUGCGGUGCGGGGACUCAGCGGCGCACAGUCAAGUGCCGGGUGUUGCUCUCCUUCUCUCAGACCGUCGCCGACCUCCCCGAUGAUGAGUGCAAGGGCGUCAAACCCGCGGCGAGUCAAGCCUGCUACCAAACUCCCUGCAAGAAACCAGAGGGCAACAAUGACCUGGACGUGGAGGAGGAGCAAGAGGAGGAGGAGGAGGAGCAAGAAGAAGAGACCCUUCAGAGAGAGGAGCUGCAUGAAUGGGAGUACGACGGCUUCACCGAGUGUUCCAAGAGUUGCGGAGGAGGCGUGCAGGAGGCGGUGGUCAUCUGCCUGAACAAACAGACCAGGGAGGCGUCAGCAAACCAGAGUUUGUGCGUUAGCGCCGGCAGGCCCCCGCCGCUUCUCCUGGACUGCAAAACGCAGCCUUGUCCCCCCAGGUGGGAAACAGGGGGGUGGAGCCACUGCUCCGCUUCCUGUGGGGUCGGCCUGAUGUCCCGCAACGUGGCGUGCGUCCGCUUGCCGUCUCCGGACAGCAACAGCACUGAGCCUUUGCCUGAUGAAAACUGCCACGACCCAAAACCAAACCCCAUCCAGGCCUGCAACCGCUUCGACUGCCCCCCCAUGUGGGAGACGCAGGAAUGGGGACAGUGCUCCAGUCGCUGUGGAGAUGGCGUUGAGAGGAGACGGGUCCUGUGUAAACAGCGCUUGGCCGAUGGCAGCAACCUCGAGCUGCCAGACUCAUUUUGUCCCUCCACGGUACCGGCAAACCAGCGGCUGUGUAGCACAGAGCAGCAUUGCACCCCACUUUGGGUCACCAGCUGGUCCCAGUGUUCAGUGACCUGUGGAAAUGGUAUGCAAAGACUUGAGGCGGUCUGCAGGAAACAAGGGCAGGACGGACAAUAUCACACCGUAGAUCCAAACAACUGCUCCUCUCUGGAGCGACCCACAAGGAUUCGACCGUGCUCUCUUCGGCUCUGCAAGAAUUCACUGAAACCCGACCCGACUAUCCUGGCUCAGAGGAACGUGUAUAUUCAGUGGAGGAAGAGCAAAAAGGUCCAUUUGGUGGUUGGUGGCACUGCCUAUCUGCUUCCUUGGACCACUAUGGUCCUUCGUUGUCCCACCCGCCACAUCCGGAAGGCAAAUAUCCAAUGGUUGAAGGACGGGAAGCCUCUAAUGAGUCUCCCACACCUGUUUGUGACACCACUGGGAUUUGUGAAGAUCCAGCAUGUUGGUCCGUCUGAUGCCGGGACGUACGCCUGCGUCGCCGGGCAAGCCAAGGAGCAUUUGGUCCUCCAGGUCAUUGGCGCCAAGCAGAAGUUGCACGGACCCGAGGCAACAAGGGUACAGGAGCUCUCCAUCUCGCCAAAUACCGAAUACGUUGUCGAGAGCUUGCUUCAACUCGGAGUUGAACAAAACAAGACCACCUGGCAAGACCGGGGAGACAUCCCCAAUGUUAUCAUUCUUGAUCGUCAGAGGCUUGAUGAGCUCGACAACCUCAGAGGAAAGCAAGGCGAGCAAGUGAUUGCUCAGUUACUCAGCGAGCUGUCCCUAUCCCACGACGAAACCAAUCACUCAGCUUCUCACUCUCCAGAAAUGGAUUUACCCUCCACGCUAGGACCCCUUCUUCGUAAACCGGGCCACUCGACUAGGUACAGAGGCCCGGUGAUUAUCCAGAGCCCCGAGGAAGUCGGAACGUUAUCGUCUUCCCAUGUGACUGUCAAUGUCGGGGCGCCGAUUUUGCUGCGGAAGCCCUAUGCCAGUUUGGAAAUCAAAUGCGAGUCUCUUGGUUACCCGCAACCAUCCUUAACCUGGACCAAAAAUGGAAAACGGGUGCGCCACGCUAGCAAUCUCGACCUGUUGCCAGGCGGCUCGUUGAGGAUUCGCUCUCCAAACCAAGCGGAUGAGGGUCUGUACACCUGCACUGUCCGGAACCGACUCGGGUCCUCGUCACGCUCGUCUUGGUUGCAGAUUAAAGAAAGCGGAGGAGGAAACUGCGUCCAAGCUGUCGGAGCCAUUGGCCCCUUCUGCCUUGAUAAGAGCAACAGCAGCAUCGAGUCAGCUGGGCACAGUUGGCGCGUGGACACUUGGGCGCCGUGCACAGCCAGCUGCGGCGGAGGCACCCAGAACAGACGAGUGCGCUGCGUGAAGGGCCCCGAGGGCGACCUGACGGAGGUGGACCACCACCGCUGUCUCGGCGCUGGACGGAGACCAUCUGACACAAGGAUGUGUAACAUUAUGCCAUGCGCUACUUGGGCUACGAGCGCGUGGGGAUUGUGUAGUGGUCAAUGCAUGCGUCCAUCUUUGGCCAAACAACAGCGCCAUGUAUUUUGCCAAGACACAAACGGCACCAAAGUCCCCUCCAGGAUGUGCAAUCGACUCCAUCGGCCUAGUGCCACGAGGAACUGCUCAGGGGAAGCCUGCGCCUCACGGUGGCGAGUCGGACCAUGGACGCAGUGCACCGCCACUUGCGGCCGGCAUGGCUUCCAGUCGCGUCGAGUGGUUUGCGUGCAGCGGCCCGGUGGAAGCUGCGUACAGAGGCGUCGUCCCGUCAGCUGGCAGCGCUGCAAUACGGUGUCCUGCGGCAGAGCUGCCGGGGAGUGUCGCGACACCACCAGGUACUGCGAGAAGGUGCGGCAGUUGGAGCUGUGCACGCUGGCGCAGUUUAAGAGUCGCUGCUGUCACUCGUGUCUCAAUACCUGAUGGAUGGGGGAAACUUCAGAUGCCAUCGAGGACCUCCGCUUCUCCCUGUGACGCUGCAGGCGUUGACUGAACGGAGGGACAUAUCACACGGUGGACGUUUUCAGAUGUGACGUGAUGUGAUAACCACUGGAAAGGAUUUGAAACACAUUUUCCAAAGCAUUUUGAGUAGGAAAAAAAAACUCCAAUUUGAGAUCUGAAUUGACAAAUUCAAUAGGGUCGGAGUUUGAAUUGAAUGUUGCACUCAUGACUGAAGCAAACGCGCAAUGGGAGAAAACGGAGAGGAACGUAUUUUGCACUCAAAACUCAACAAGAGUCUUUGUUAAAAACAUGACUUGUUGAUUUUUUUUAAUGUUACAUUUCUACAUAUAUUUGCUUGGUGAUUUUUAAAAAGCUAUACUGUUUGACUAGAUGUCUAGUUUAACCACUUUUUUAUGCUUUUGCACAUUUAGUCGUGACAUGCUGUCGCCUUUUAAUUCUCCUUUUGGUUUGGCUCCCAGGUGAUCGACAAGUCGGCACAAUGCUGAAAAACAGCAAUAUUGAAGCAUCAUCUUUGCGUUUCUCCUUGAAUUAUUGUUCUUUUCUUUCUAGUAUAUAUUUUUCAUUCAUUAUUUAUUCACCAGAUUGGCACUUUUGGAUUAAAGUGUUACAGAUGCUUGGGAUUUUAUUGAGGUGCGAUUGUUUGAUUUUAUGAGAAGAAACGGUCAUCAACAUAUCAAGUAUACGCUUCAGUUGUGUAGAUGUGUAUUUUGUCUUAUUUAUUUCCAUGCGUGUCAAUGUGUAUAGUUUUGUUGAUAAAUAAAAUGGUUGGAUUUUAAGUAAUUGAAUUCGCCUUAAAACGGUUGAAUUUGAUGUACAUGCCGAGGCCGCCCUCUGCCGGUGAUAUUGAUCUGCCACGCCUGUUUUUUUUUUCAUGUAAUAAAAUGAAGCACAUUCCUUUUAUAA